UUCUUCACUUUUUCAAUUCAUCAAACUGGAGGGUCAUAAAGAUAUUGUUACCUUAAUUUUCAUUACCUUCUCUUGUAGAGCUUUCCUUCACGCCAUUCAAACGCGCUGUUAGGAGAUUGUUGCAAGGAAUGAUAAAAGCAUGUAUAAGUAAACUAUGAGCCUCUCAAAGAGCAUUACUUUGCUUCUUUCAAAGGUUAAACCAAACCUUUAAACAUUGUUCCAUCUUUAUAGCAUUUGAACUUCCCUUAUAUAUAAUCACCAUCCAGCUGCUAACAGACAUUAUUCUAAAUUGCGAUGGAGUCACAUAUUCAUAUGCAUGAUGAUGUCCAGAGGUUACCCGCAGACAGGUUGAGGGUUAAAGUUGCUGUUAUAACUGGUGGAGCAAGAGGAAUUGGGGUAGCCACAGCAAAAUUAUUUGCAGAAAAUGGGGCUAAUGAUGUCACUGCCAAUAUCCUCGAUAACAUGGGAAGCAGCCUAGCUGAAUCAAUAGGAGGCAGAUAUAUCCGCUGUGAUGUUGCUAAUGAAGCUGAUGCAGAAUCAGCUAUCAAUCCUGCACUGGCUUGGAAAGGCAAACUGGACAUCAUGUUCAACAAUGCUGGUCCUAAUUGGAGCAUCACCAAUCUUGACAUGGAGAAAGCAAAGCACCUAUUCUCAGUAAAUGUGAAUGGAAAUUUACAUGGGAUCAAGCACGCGGCAAGGGCCAUGAUAGAAAGUCGAAACGGAGGCAGCAUCAUGCGCACAGCAAGCUCUGCGGCUAUAAUGGGGGCCCUGGGAUCACAUGCUUACACAUUGUCAAAAGGGGCUAUUGUUGGAUUGAUGAAGAGCACUGCUUGUGAGUUAGGUGUGUAUGGUAUUCGAGGGAACUGCAUUUCGCCUCAUGGGGUCCCUUCAGAGAUGCUUUUUAGUGCAUACAGAAGGAUCCUGGGGAAAGAGGACAUGAAGCCUGAAGAAGUGGGCAAGAUUGUUGGGGAAAGGGAAGUCUUUUGCGAGGGAGAUAUGCAAAUGUAG